AGAUAUACAAAACCAUUAACCUUUGCUGACUGUAUUGGUGAUGAGUUGCCACUUGGAUGGGAAGAAGCCUAUGACACGCAAGUUGGUGUAUUCUACAUUGACCAUAACAGUCAAACCACACAGAUAGAGGAUCCUCGAGUGCAAUGGAGAAGACAACAGGAGUGCAUGUUAAAAGACUACCUAGUGCUUGCUCAGGAAGCUCUAGAUGCUCAAAAAGAGAUUUACCAAGUCAAACAGCAAAGGCUUGAACUAGCCCAGCAGGAAUACAGGCAGCUUCACGAUGUUUGGAAACAUAAGCUUGGAUCUCAGCCAAGUUUGGCCUCAAGUUCCUCUUCUAAUUCAAAAUAUGAUCCUGAAAUUCUGAAAGCUGAAAUUGCUACUGCAAAGUCCAGGGUUAACAAACUGAAGAGAGAAGUAGCCUAUAUGCAGCAGGAACUACAAUACAAGGAAAAUGGCUACCAAACACUUCGACAAAUUGACCUGAAAAUGUCAGGAAACCAUUGUGGUUAUAAACUUGAUGAAGCUCAAGCUAUUCUGAAUGAAAUGAAAGCCAUCAAAAAAGCGAUCAGUUCAGGAGAACGAGAGAAACGGGAGCUAAUACAGAGUCUUGCCAAGUUGAAAAAUGGCUUUGUCAUUGACAAAGGAUCUCAGUCAGAUCUCUGGACCAGUGAGACUUCUUUGAAUAGCUCAUGUCUAUCUUUGCGCAGAAAUGUUAGUUCCCAGACUGAUAUUUCCGGAAAUCUUGCUUUGAAAAGUAAUAACCAGUUGGCUGAGAAGGUCAGAUUACAACUUCAAUAUGAGGAGGCGAAGAGACGAAUAUCCAAUGUAAAAAUACAGCUGGCAAGACUGGACAGUGAGGCUUGGCCUGGUGUUCUUGACUCUGAACGUGAUCGGCUGAUCUUAAUAAAUGAGAAAGAGGAGCUCUUAAAAGAGAUGCGCUUUAUUAGUCCAAGAAAAUGGAGUCAGUCUGAUGUGGAACGACUAGAAACUGAAAAGAAACAAUUAGAAGAAGAUUUGCAAGCUGCAAGAGAUACCCAAAGCAAAGCAUUGACUGAAAGGUUAAAGAUGUGCAGUAAAAGGAAUCAGUUGGUUAGAGAACUUGAAGAGACAACCAGGUUAAUGGCAACACUACACAUACAACUGAGAAGCCUCUCUACUAGCACUCAGUCACUUUCAUCUGGGAGCAGUCCUGGAUCUCUUGCUUCGAGUCGGGGAUCUCUGGUCACCUCUAGCCAGGACUCUUCAACAUCAGCAAGCUUUACAGAUCUGUACUAUGAACCUUUGGAUCAGCUUGAUACUGAAUACCAGAACAAAGUUGAAUUUAUGCUACAAGAAGGGACAUCUGGUUAUAGACCAUCUGACUCUAUCACCACUAUUCAUGAAAAUGAAGUAGUAAAGUCGCAAAACACAGAUUCAACAAACCGUGUCCAGGCCUUGAGAUCUUUGUCUGGUACUCCUAAAUCUGUGACAUCUUUAUCUCCUAGAUCAUCUUUUUCCUCCCCAUCUCCUCCUUCUUCACCACUUGUAACUGGGUCUCUUUUGACUGGAGAUGAUUUCUUGAGCCAUAUGGACUUUAAAGAUUUUGAUUUAAGCAGGCAAUUUUUAGAACUUGGUCUUGCUGCUGAGCCAGUGAAGAAGCCAAUAGAUGGAAGCUAUGAACAUGAAAUAGAAGGCAACCCUACUGGACAAGGUUUAGGUUGCUUUCCAUUGCCUGGGUUGGAAGUUUCUGCUGUAUCAGCAGCGGUAUCAGAUGAGUCUGUGGCUGGAGACAGUGGUGUAUAUGAAGCAACAACACAAAGGCAGGUGUUGGAACUUGUUGAUUUUGAAAAUGAGGAUGCAAGGACUUUGGCUACUGCAAGAAUCAAUAUCGGAAUGAAGUAUGAACAGAAAAAGCAAGUGUUUGCUAUAUUUAUUAUUCACUUAGAUAAUUCACCCGCUUUAUUGCUACAACAGGACAAGACUUUAUAUGUCCGUGUUGCCAUUCUUCCCUGUUCUGAAAAUACAAUCUGCUUGUUCCGUACAAGAACUGUGGAUUCAUCAGACAUUGUAGUGUUCAAUGAAAUGUUUUUGGCACCUGUAUCCCUUGCGGUGUUACAUCAAAAGACUUUGCAAGUUGAUGUGUGCACACUAAGAAAACAUCGAGAAGAAUGCAUGGGUGGAGCACAAAUAAGCCUGGCUAAUGUUUGUAGAGCUGGUGAGAAAGAAGUAUAUUGCUACAACCUAUUACGUUAUCAAUACCCAAAGAAGCAAAAGCACAGUAAUAAGCAAGAACCAAGGAGUUCUGAAGCAAACCCUGAUGGAAAUUCUGACUUGGUGUGUUCACUUUUAGAACAUUCUGCUGCUAAAGUAGAAAGCGUUGAGCAGCAGCAGGAAGACGCCAGACAAGAUGAUGACAGGGAUGCCCACUGGAUUGAAGAACAGGAUGUUGCUCAGGAUGAAGAACCUACUACGGAUAAUGAAGAAGAAAAUGAAUGUGAUGAGAAUGAACAGAGUGACACAGAAGACCCUAAUAGCCCUGAACAGCUGAGCAUGGAAUGUGCUGGCAUUAAGGUGGACAAGGAGACAAAUACUGAAAGGAUUCUUCAGUCAGCCACUGUUGUGCGGCCAAAAGAAAAAAAAGCAUCAAAUACUAUGCAAGCACAAUUUAUCAGAGGCAAUACCAUAAUCCGCUCCAAAACCUUUUCUCCUGGGCCUCAAAAUGAAUACAUUUGCCGACUGAAUCGAAGUGACAGUGAUAGUUCGACUCUUUCCAAGAAGCCACCUUUUGUGAGGAAUGCAAUGGAAAGACGCAGUAUGAGAGUUAAAAGGCCAUCCUUGAAGUCCUCUGGCAGAGAACGUGUAAUUCGUACAUCUCUGGACCUGGAAUUAGAUCUGCAGGCUUCAAGGACGUGGCAUAAUCAGCUUAUUGAAGAAAUUGCUGUACUAAGAGAGCUGAAAGAACAGUUAGAGCAAGCCAAACGUCAAGGUGAAAAUGAGCUGCCUCAGAGGAUGAAGGAUGAUGAAAGCUUUAAGCUUCUGUUCAGACAAGUGGAGAAGCAAGUGCAAAAAAUAGAGCAGAAAUAUGAAACGCAAGCAGAGAAGAUGAUGAAAGCAGCCGCUAAGGAUGUACGUCGCCUCGACGAGGACAAAGCUGUAAGGAACCACUGGAAGUCCAAUCUUUCAGGGAGAAAAUGGCAUUUUUCACCCGGCCAAGAAUUAACAUUCCCACUCUUGCUGCAGAUGAUGUUU